UAUUAAUCCCAUAAUUCAUUUGAUCCACCCAAUUAGCAUCUUUAAUCACUGAUUAGUAGCUAAUUACGAGUCGGGGUUAUUAUAGAGUUGGAAAUUUUGGUACCAAAGAAUUAGAUGCGGAUGACCCCAACUUUGCACAAGUUAAAGGCAUAAAGAAGAAAAAUGUUGGACACAAAGAGGGGUAGAUUAAAACCUUGGCAUGAAAUGAUGAAUAAGAAGACAAAAGUUAUUUCACAACCAACCCACCUUAGUAAGACCAUUGGUCAAUCAUGCAACACGACAAAUGUUCAAAAUUCAUCUUCAAGCCAACCACAGGAUGUUGGGAGUUUCUACUGGCCACAACUGAUAUAUUAUGGGUAUAAUCUUCUCACACGUGAUAUUAAUUCAUACUCACCAAGGUAUCCACAAUCACAGCCUCUGUCUUUCCAAGCAUCACAUAGUCCACAAAGUUCUCAAGGAAUAUCACUUAAUCUAGCGGGGCACAAUCCAAUGGAAACCGAAUUUAGAAAUGAGAUUUCUUUUGAUCUUUCUAUUUAUUCCCGGCCGCCUCCACAAAAUUGACAUGGGAAUCCAUUUUGUAGUUUUUGUGUUGAGAAUUGAAAUUGAAGGUUUUUUUAGAAUUUUGUUUGAAUGAUUUAGAAUGGUUGAGAAAGUUUUUGGAUAUUUGACGGGAGAUUUUGAAGUUUGAAUGCCUCAUAAUUAUUUUUUUUAUACAGAUGUUGGAUGUUAAUUGAAUAUAUUUUGGCCUUAAGUUA